UACCUACCCCUAUCCCCUCCUCUCACAGGUACCUACCCCUAUCCCCUCAUCUCACAGGUACCUACCCCUAUCCCCUCCUCUCACAGGUACCUACCCCUAUCCCUUCCUCUCAUGGGAACCUACCCCUUUCCCCUCCGCUUGUAGGUCUUUCUAAAAACAUUAUUCCCAUGUCCCUUAUCAUAAGUACAAAUAUCCAUUCCGGAUCCACUUAGUGAGAAAUACUACACAACCACUCUAAAAGGUUUACUCUAAAUGUUCAUAUUUGGUCGUGAGUGUCAUUUGAGAUGGUUCACAAUGCUUCCUUUGAAUAACAAUAACAAGGUUGAGUUUGUGUCCCAAAUUCUUGGAUCAUAUUUUGUAUUUUGUUAUCAUGUACUAUUUAAUUUCUGUUGUGCAUUCUGCAGUUCCAUGACCUCUUUGCUGAGUGAUGACGAAGAGCGAUAUGUCUCCUCACCUGAGGGUGGUGAUAGAGAGAUGAGACACAGACCCCACUCGGCACCACUGAGUUCUGUGUUUGGAAUCUCUGAGGAUUCUGUCUUCAACAUGGUCCAGAGAGGCCAGUCGCAGAGUGACAUCGUACUGUCGUCCAGUUGGAGUAGACGGGAGAAAUACAGACCUGUCAAAAUACCAACGGACACCAAGUUUAUGAUGGGUAUUGUGGAGUUGGCUAUGAACCUUCUCAACUCUAGAUUGGCUGAGCUAAUGCGAAGUUUCAGUCAGGGAACUCUAGGUCCGCUGUCUGGUAGUAUCUCAGCAAGUCAGCAGUUUGCCCAAGAAAUGCUAAGCGUGGUGUUUGCUAAGAUGUAUUCCCAUGCCAUAGAGCAUAUUGCGGCCACAAGUCUCAUCCAAGUCAAUUUCUGUCUGACAACAGAAUGACAGAAGUGUUGUGGAUCUUUUACUUGAGGUUUUUGGGAUAACAGGAUUUUUGGAUAGCAGGAGCCCGUCAAGGCCACAGAGUGCCUGCUCCUACAACUCAGCUAAUGGAGCAAUAGAUAUGAGAGCUCUUGCUGGGGACUUGGUCAGACAGGUGUCUGUCAAACUCAGACCCUUUGUCUCUGAGAGUCAACUCUCCACCAUGUCCAUGACAGAUCUGUCAUCUAUGUCUGACUCCACCUUGAAGCAGUUGUGUUGUAGCUCUGCUGUUGCAACUGUCUGCCAAUCAAACAAAACGGACCUCGAGAGCCAGAGACCAACCGACCUGUCAGCCAGAGACCUUUGAGGACAUGGAUAUCUCAGACAUCCUCCAGGGCCCGUCGGCCAUUUUGGAGGAGGCUGCUAUGAUUAAGCACCCAGAGAUGUCCACCUCAACAAUAUACAGGUCUCUGCUUCUCGACUCAUCUCUCGCCUCCUCUAACAUGGUCACUGAGAGCAUUAUCUUCAACAGCCCACGCCCAUCAGAGGAGAAUGUGAAUAUUCAGAAUGUGCUCCCUGUUGAUAAAGUUGACAUCCUCCAUGGUCAACCAGUGGAGGGGUAUAUCGUCAAAGCUGAGCAAUGCAUCACUCAGGUCAUUCAGGAUGCAGCUGUGACAUAUACUGGCAUGCUGGAUAAAACCGACACUUGUGGGAAACUGUCGGAAGUUCUGUCUAUCUGCGUUUCCGCGGAGAAUAUUGAGGAUGCAUCCUCUGAUCUAUUUGGUGGAAUUAUUUCCGACCUGCAUGAGGUAUCUGAGGUCAAUAAGACCUCCAUGCGUACGAAAUCAGGUCGCAAAAUGUUCUGGAUGGAAGUGAGUUCAGGUUCCCAGAAGAUUUAUACCAAAACCCUGGACAAACUGAGGAAGCGUUUCACCCCUCACCUUCUCACUGAGGGAAAAAUUAUCCAAAUCGAGCUCUAUGACAUUGGACUACUUGUAACUGAGACGACUGUGGAGGUAUCUCCUGUACAGAAGACAGACAUUAAUACCUCUUCAAUGUCCUCAGCCCACCAGCUCACCCUCGACACCUGCACUAAAGGGGUCAUCAAAAAGGUAUUCUCGGUGCUGAGGGUGGAGACUUCAACCAGAAGAUGGACUAAAUUUAGAAAUUGGAGAGCCUCAGCCGAGAUUGCCAAGCUCACGCGAUCUCGUAGUGCAGCCAGCAGAUCCUCUUACAUUUCCAUCCAGAGCUUUCACAGUGCUGAGUUCCGAGCUACGGCCAAACAGAUUGUGCAUGAGGCCAUUAUCAGAGCUGCUAGCGAAGCCAACUGUUCUUUGCCACAGAGCAUGCCUAGCAGCACCUUCUCACACCAUGUGGUUUCUACAACUGAAGAUAUAGUGAAUAUGAUCAUGCAAGACCUUGAAAGUCUAUCCCAGUACACAGUGGAGGACGCAGACUCCUUCCCACUAGGAGAGAAAAAGCUGCAGUCCCAGAGUUGUCUUUGACACCUUAUUGGAUGCUGCUCAAACCAUGUACCACAGAGUAAAGGAUAGACUGAACAUCUUUGUCUUUUCCAUCCAUGUCAGUCACCAUAGCCAAAGAUGUGCUGGACUCCACCCCUGUGGAGACACUCAGAUGCUCAAAGUCCCCUGACACUGCUCUAGUUAAGGACAGGAGCCGCCCUCCGUCUGUGAGAAGCCAUUUUCAAAAGUCAGUUUGACUAAAAGGUCUAAAGCCCUUGUGUCUUCGAGUGGCUCCUCCACAGACCACCAUGUAAUUGACACAUGCAGUGAGGAUGUCACUCUGGCCCCCAGGAGUAUGUCAGUUGUGAGCGACACCAGUUUGAAGAGAGCCUCUCCUCUCCAUGGUAGUGGAUUGAGUGCAAGUUGUGAACCUCUUGUGGCUCUACAAGACGGAACAGUGGCAGUCAGCCAAGAAGGCUUUAGCAAAACUGCAAAGAAGACGCUCAGCUUGAUCCUAAAUGUGAUCAAGUGCAGAUUGGCCAACUCUGAGAGUUCAUCUGUUGGGCAGAAUGCAAGUGAGGAGUGUCUGAUAGCCACUAACAUGUUAGACUCUCUACUGGAGAGCCUUGACCUGUUGCCUGACAUGAGUGCUGCCAAUGAGAUCACAAGGACAGAAUGCCAUACCUCUAACGCAAUGGACAAGACAGGUUCACAGUCAGCGCUUGUGAGUCAACAAGAAAUAAACAUAUCUGACACCAGUAUCAUAGUGAAAACUAUAAUGGACACAUUGAAGACAGACGACCCAGAGAUGACUACAGCAGAAGAAAAUCUGGAUAGGCUCCUGUCAAUUGAAGCCCUUCAAGAUGCGUCUGGCAACCUGAUCGCAAAGGUCCAUGGUCUCAUUCAGGAGAUAACCAUAAGCCGCCAGCUUCAAUCCACGACUGGCCACAGAAGCCUCUCUCGACCAGCGCUGCCAAAGCCAGCACUGAGGAAGCUGUCAAAGGACGAUGCGUCAGAGCUCAUUUACAGCUUUGCCCAGACUUCUGUUAGCAGACUCCUGGGACAGUGUUUGGGUAGGCCUAUGCCACCCACCGCUGACAGGGUUUUGGAUCAGGUCAUCAAGUUGAUGACAGACAUGGUGAUGGACAGCCUGACUGAUCUGUCCAAGUCUGCAAUGGAGGAUGCUGUACAAGACAAAAGGGGAACCGAAGAGCCACCCUGAACAGGAUUCUCUGCCUACCAAACGUCUCAGAGAGACUCGUAUUUCACAGGAUGCUGAGUGUGAGGUUCCAUCCACUUCCCCACCCAAGGAGGCCCUGACAACCACACUGGCCCCUGCUCCCCAAGAGUCCCAGUACCGUAAACGCCCUCUCAUAGUCAGGAUUGUUGCAUCCCCACACCUACCAGUGAAGCACUACAGGCUAGUAUGAGCGGUAGCUCUGGGUUGUUGUAAACUAACACCUGGCUACGAAGUAGAUGUGCUUUUCAGGAUGCCAAGACACAUAGGCUUUUCUGGGACCAUUCCCAUUUUACAUCUUUCUGCAGUGGAGCAGUCAUAGGCUUAACUGUGGUAGUUAGAUUUGGAAUGAAUUUGCCAUAAUAGUUAAAGGAAGGAAAGAUAAGACCUGAACUCAGUGGUGUUUCUAGGAAUGGGAGCCUUCUCAAUAGCUUCAGUUUUCUGUUUCAUGGGCUGUAUCCCCUCUGCAUCUAUCACAUGACCUAAAUAGGCUAUACUGUUCUGGAAGAAAGAACAUCUCUUUUAACUUUCAGAUUGCAGACUUUGUCUUUUUGGGACUUCUUCAAGAUUUCUCAUGUGCUCUUCUGUGUCACGCAUAUCAUCAAUAUAACAGAUUACCCCUUCUAUACCUUGUAGGAUCUGAACCAUCAUUUUCUGAAAAAUAUGAUGCACAGGCAACACCAUAAGGAAGCCUGUUGACCUUAAAACAACCCCUUAUGUGUAUUCAUGGUGAGAUAGUACCUUGUAAUCUCCACAUAUUCUUACAGUACUGUCUGUUUUCAGGAUACACACAAUUGGAGCAGCCCAUUGACUGUAGUUAACUGGAUUAAGGACCCCUUCUGACUCCAACGUAACUAGCUGUUUUUCAACCGCUUCUCUAAGUGCAUACGGUACUGGGCAAGGACUGCAGAACUUAUGUGCAGCCCUAUUAGUUACAUGUAGCUUGGCUGUGGUACCUUUUAGCAUCCCUAGCUCUGGCUGAAACACAUAAAUAUUUUUCACACAAACCAUCUACUGUCUCUACAGCUGUUACUGUGUACAUGUGACCAGUCUAGCUUCAACUGACUGAUCCAGUCUCUACCCAGCAGGGCAGGACCAUUUCCUUCUACCACCAGCAAGUCUAAAAAAGUUGUACUCCCAUUACACUUGACAUUGACUAAGAUUUUCCCACUUAGAACUAAUGACUGUUUACUGUAUGUUUUUAACACCCAGUUUGCAGGGCUCAAUUUUGCGCUUUGGAACUUGCUGUUGUACAACCUCUCUGACAUCAAACUGCUGCACCAGUAUCAACUUCCAUGUUGAGUCUCACAUCAUCUAUCCUUACAUACGAAGUCUUUACGUCUACUGCAAACAGUUCAGUUCCUUUUACGUUACCCAACUCAUAGUCAGUGGUGAAAACGGCUGAGGUCCCUUUAUCAGAGUUCUCACUCUCAUUUGAGAUGUAAUGCUCCCAACUCUGGCACUUGAGUGCGAUGCAAUGCUCCUGUGUUGAAAUGACGUUUUUGUCCCCUCUCUCGCUGGUGUGCGUUGCCCUGAUCAUCGUUGCUCCACUCGUCUUCCUGCAGUCACAGUAAGGAGGCCCCUCUCUCUCUCAGUAGCAUCCAGGUGCUUAUUCAAUUUCACUUGCCUCGUUUAAUUGUUUCCCACUUGACGCGAGCGGCAAGUCAUGGCUACGUGUCCUUUCUUCUUGCACUCCAGAAGCUCAAAAUCCACGUAGCGCCACUCAUCUGGCUUGUGCCCUUUUCCCACACAAUGGUAACAUGGUUUACAGGUUGCCUCCGUCUUCUUGGCAACGCUUUUCUCCUCAACUGCAUUUGCUUUGAAAGUAUUUUGUGAAGACUGCAGUGUGCUUUUCCUUGUUACUUCAAAAGAAAAUCCCAUAUCCACAGCCAGUGCUAAUGUUAAAUCGUGUGUGAGCUACAUUCAGUAAACGGUCUCUCAGCUCUGCACUUUUAACACUACCCCCAGAUAUCACGUACUGACAGACUGAAUUGUCUUAAACUAGCCAAAUACUCACUAAUCGACUCUCCCUCGAGUUGACUCCUUGCAUGAUACUUACAUCUUUCAGCAAUACAAUUUGUCAUCGGUAUGUAGUGACCUUUCAACAGCGCAACCAACUGUCAACGUUGUUUCACUUGGUUUCUGUGGCGCAUUAAAGUCCUGUAAUGACCUGACUAGAUCAUAAAGGAACAAUUGUCCACAGAUGAUUGAGUUUACAAAUUGACGGUUUAUUAACCCAACUUUACGCAGACUACUGUUUGGCCGUAGCCAACACCAAAUAAAUUAAAGAUAAUCCACAAACCGACCGUGACCUUCUCUUGUGAAAGCCAGACGUAAGAGAGCGAAGAAAGGCUAAACCUGGACUUAACUUCCAAUGCUCCAUCCCUCCCCACGCCACUCCACCAACCACCAGGAUGCCCGGAAUCAGAACAUUCCAGGCAUUACUGUGAUUGGCAGAUAGCAGGUGGAUUGACAUGUCGGACCCCGCGAACACUGGGUACUGGUAAGUACAACACAACCCCCUACUAGCCUAACACAUAACAACACACAGCUGUCUGUGCGGGUCGCUACAGUCCAUUAACAAAUUGUAAGUCUUUCUGCCAACAAUCGUCAGAAAAAAAUGGUUUUAGACAUAUCCUCGUACUUGAGCCCAUUAACGUUUUAGCUUCAAAACAUUCCUCGAAGUGGAAAUUCUCGGCCUCGCCCAGCGACCUCUUCCGUGCUAGCUUUUCUACAGACUGUCUCGAUGGAGGACAAUGAGAAGCGGUCAACGUUGCAUGCUGCUGCCAGAAAUUCUAGAGCUACUCAUACUAUCAGGCGGUCCGCUGUGCCGAGGCCCUGGUCCCUCAGCAAUGUGAACAUGUCGGACCGGACGCUGCACCAUGCAGCGGACACCAAGAGUAGGUCGGAGGAGUGAGGUGGAAAAGUCGGCUCUCAUUGCAACAAAAAAAAAGAAACGAUGGUGAGGCUGCUUCUCUCCAGAGAAGCCAACAUUAAUGCUUUUGACAAGGACCGCCAAGCAAUCCACUGGGCUGCUUACAUGGGAGGUUCGUCAUAUGAAGGACAUUCAAGUGGAUGUGACCCCUAACCUGCAAUAGGGGCUCAGUGAGGUGACAGACAUCCUGUAAUGGAUCUCCAGCUAGUGUCUGAGGACCUGGAGAAGGCUGUGUCUACAGCUGUGGGGCAGGACAAGCAUGGGACAGACAUCCUGAACGAAUCUGAUGUCAGAGCUCCCAUCAGCCCUCUACACCUCGCUGCGGUGACGGGUCACGAGGAGUGCAGCACAGUGCCAGCUUCCUGGUUCGGGAAGGUAAGGGGCGGAGCCAUGUCCACCUGGUGGAGGCGUCCGGACACAUCGGGAUACUGGGGUGGCUCCUACACACCGCCCAGUCAGUGUGGACCCUCCCCGUCAUCACAGACAACCAGGGCUACACGCCACUACACUUGGCCUGCUACAACGGAGUCAGAGGUCAGUGGGAAUGACCUCACCCUCAUAGACCUGGGUGACCCCAUCAUUGACGGUGAUGUUAUGAAGGAAGACAGAGAGGUUGAGAGACAGACCAAGUUGGAAGAGGCUGUUCUAGAGACAGAUAUCCCAACUCUGUCACUAGAGGCUGAUGGAGAGAUUGAGAUGCAGGAGGCUGAUCUGAAGACAGAUGGCACAUCUCAGUCACAGGAGGUUGAAGGAGAGAGUGAGUUGGACGAGGCCAUUGUCAUCCCAUCUCAGUCACAGGAGGAGGCCAAAGGAGAGAGUGAGUUGAAUCAGGUUGAUCUGAAGACAUCCACAUCAACUCUGACACUGGAGGUCGAAGGAGAGAGUGAGUUGAAUCAGGUUGAUCUGAAGACAUCCACAUUAACUCUGACACUGGAGGUCGAAGGAGAGAGUGAUUUGAAUCAGGUUGAUCUGAAGACAUCCACAUCAACUCUGACACUGGAGGUCGAAGGAGAGAGUGUGAUGCAGGAGAGUGAUGAUGUAGAAACAGCCGGGCCAUCUCAAUCCCAGGAGACUGAACGAGUGGCAAAGGCUGCAGUGGUGACCUUCACUACCAUGACCCGCAAGGCUGCAGCCUCCCAGACCAGCCUCAGCAGGGGAAAGAGAAGCUACCCAGACCUACACACCUUUGUGCAGGACAUGAAGGAUGGCCAUUGGAAUCUGCUGAGUGAGAAUAUGCGUUCCGGGAUGAGCAGAGAUGAGUUUAGUGCUAGGUGCAUGGAUAUUACAAAUUGGGUAAUGGAGUCUACAUCCACUGUGGUCGUUCCCGCCCUUGACCUCACCAUGCAGAUCAGGCUCUCUGAUUCGUCAAGCUCUUCUGGAUCAGGAAGCAAUGUGGCUAGAGAAGUGACCUCUCUUGGCCGCAGCGUCAGAUUCAGCUUUCGUGGUGGACCCAGUAGACGCACCAGUUCAAGAACUACUUGCAGCACACAAACUCCCACGCCUUUCCCCUACUCUCACAGUUCCAUGACCUCUUUGCUGAGUGUUGACGAAGAGCGAUAUGUCUCCUCACCUGAGGGUGGUGAUAGAGAGAUGAGACACAGACCCCACUCGGCACCACUGAGUUCUGUGUUUGGAAUCUCUGAGGAUUCUGUCUUCAACAUGGUCCAGAGAGGCCAGUCGCAGAGUGAGAUCGUACUGUCGUCCAGUUGGAGUAGACGGGAGAAAUACAGACCUGUCAAAAUACCAACGGACACCAGGUUUAUGAUGGGUAUUGUAGAGUUGGUAAUGAACCUUCUCAAUUCCAGAUUGGCUGAGCUAAUGCGAAGUUUCAGUCAGGGAACUCUAGGUCCGCUGUCUGGUAGUAUCUCAGCAAGUCAGCAGUUUGCCCAAGAAAUGCUAAGCAUGGUGUCUGCUAAGAUGUAUUCCCAUGCCAUAGAGCAUAUUGCGCACGGCCACAAGUCUCCCCUUGAGUUAGAGAGGGAGCUUGAGGCCAUAUUGGGUCCUCUGGCUGGACAGGUUAUAGUCAUCAUCAUAGAUAGCAUCUUUAAGGCUAAAGCCAACGGAAGAAACGAGGGACGAGCGACCAGCCCCUUGACCUAUUUUCUCACUGCCAUCUCAGCAGAAAUACAAAGCCUAGUUGUUCAGAGAUCGGCUAGCAGACCGUCCACCAGACUGUCCAACAACGACCCACUGCUGAACGUUUCCAAGUCAAAGGUCUUAAGAUCAGUUCUGCUCAAAAUGGCAGAACUCUUUGGCCAAGGUCCAAGUGAAACCUGUCUAGUUCCACUAGUCCAGAGUCAGUCCAACAACUCUGUUUGCGACUGGACUCUGAAUGCAGGCACCGUUCAUCCAAGUCAAUUUCUGUCCCACAACAGAAUGACAGAAGUGUCAUCCGAUGUUGUGGAUCUUGUACUUGAGGUUUUUGGGAUAACAGGAUUUUUGGAUAGCAGGAGCCCGUCAAGGCCACAGAGUGCCUGCUCCUACAACUCAGCUAAUGGAGCAAUAGAUAUGAGAGCUCUUGCUGGGGACUUGGUCAGACAGGUGUCUGUCAAACUCAGACCCUUUGUCUCUGAGAGUCAACUCUCCACCAUGUCCAUGACAGAUCUGUCAUCAUCUAUUUCUGACUCCACCUUGAAGCAGUUGUGUUGUAGCUCUGCUGUUGCUGCAGCAACUGUCUGUCAAGCAAUCAAAAUGGAGCUCGAGAACCAGAGACCUACAAACCUGUCAGCCAGAGACCUACUAUCGUCUCUGGUAGAGAGCAUUGAGGACAUGGAUAUUUCUGACAUCCUCCAGGGCCCGUCGGCCAUUUUGGAGGAGGCUGCUAUGAUUAAGCACCCAGAGAUGUCCACCUCGACAAUAUACAGGUCUCUGCUUCUCGACUCAUCUCUCGCCUCCUCUAACAUGGUCACUGAGAGCAUUAUCUUCAACAGCCCACGCCCAUCAGAGGAGAAUGUGAAUAUUCAGAAUGUGCUCCCUGUUGAUAAAGUUGACAUCCUCCAUGGUCAACCAGUGGAGGGGUAUAUCGUCAAAGCUGAGCAAUGCAUCACUCAGGUCAUUCAGGAUGCAGCUGUGACAUAUACUGGCAUGCUGGAUAAAACCGACACUUGUGGGAAACUGUCGGAAGUUCUGUCUAUCUGCGUUUCCGCGGAGAAUAUUGAGGAUGCAUCCUCUGAUCUAUUUGGUGGAAUUAUUUCCGACCUGCAUGAGGUAUCUGAGGUCAAUAAGACCUCCAUGCGUACGAAAUCAGGUCGCAAAAUGUUCUGGAUGGAAGUGAGUUCAGGUUCCCAGAAGAUUUAUACCAAAACCCUGGACAAACUGAGGAAGCUUUUCACCUCUCACCUUCUCACUGAGGGAAAAAAUACUCCUGUGCAAAUUGAGUUCUAUGACACUGGACUACUUGUAACUGAGACCACUGUGGAGGUAUCUCCUGUACAGAAGACAGACAGUAAUACCUCUUCAAUGUCCUCAGCCCACCAGCUCACCCUCGACACCUGCACUAAAGGGGUCAUCAAACAGGUGAUCUCGGUGCUGAGGGUGGAGACUUCAAAGGAAGUCAAAUGCGAGAGCAUGUCAAAUGCAUCCUUCGACUUCAACCAGAAGUUGGACUCUAUAAUUUCGAAAUUGGAGAGCCUCACCAUUUCGAGUGAGUCAUCCAAGAUUGCCACGCUCACGCGAUCUCGUAGUGUAGCCAGCAGAACCUCUAACAUUUCCAUCCAGAGCUUUCACAGUGCUGAGUUCCGAGCUACGGCCAAACAGAUUGUGCGUGAGGCCAUUCUCAGAGCUGCUAGCGAAGCCAACUGUUCUUUGCCACAGAGCAUGCCUAGCAGCACCUUCUCACACCAUGUGGUUUCUACAACUGAAGACAUAGUGAAUAUGAUCAUGCAAGACCUUGAAAGUCUAUCCCAGUACACAGUGGAGGACGCAGACUCCUUCCCACUAGGAGAGAAAAAGCUGCAGUCCCAGCUCAAUCCCAGAGUUGUCUUUGACACCUUAUUGGAUGCUGCUCAAACCAUGUACCAGGACAGGAGCCGCCCUCCGUCUGUGAGAAACGGAACAGUGGCAGUCAGCCAAGAAGGCUUUAGCAAAACUGCAAAGAAGACGCUCAGCUUGAUCCUAAAUGUGAUCAAGUGCAGAUUGGCCAACUCUGAGAGUUCAUCUGUUGGGCAGAAUGCAAGUGAGGAGUGUCUGAUAGCCACUAACAUGUUAGACUCUCUACUGGAGAGCCUUGACCUGUUGCCUGACAUGAGUGCUGCCAAUGAGAUCACAAGGACAGAAUGCCAUACCUCUAACGCAAUGGACAAGACAGGUUCACAGUCAGCGCUUGUGAGUCAACAAGAAAUAAACAUAUCUGACACCAGUAUCAUAGUGAAAACUAUAAUGGACACAUUGAAGACAGACGACCCAGAGAUGACUACAGCAGAAGAAAAUCUGGAUAGGCUCCUGUCAAUUGAAGCCCUUCAAGAUGCGUCUGGCAACCUGAUCGCAAAGGUCCAUGGUCUCAUUCAGGAGAUAACCAUAAGCCGCCAGCUUCAAUCCACGACUGGCCACAGAAGCCUCUCUCAACCAGCGCUGCCAAAGCCAGCACUGAGGAAGCUGUCAAAGGACGAUGCGUCAGAGCUCAUUUACAGCUUUGCCCAGACUUCUGUUAGCAGACUCCUGGGACAGUGUUUGGGUAGGCCUAUGCCACCCACCGCUGACAGGGUUUUGGAUCAGGUCAUCAAGUUGAUGACAGACAUGGUGAUGGACAGCCUGACUGAUCUGUCCAAGUCUGCAAUGGAGGAUGUUAUUGUACCCAGGUCGGUCACACCAGCUUGCUCUUCUUACUUAGACACCAGCCAUGCCGCAAGUGACAUCACUCAUGGUGUUGUGGCUGACCUUAAUGCUACUGAGGAAUUCCCUGCCAGGGGCCUUAGCCCAGCUGAUGUAAAGGCUGACGGCAUGGCCCACCUUCCCUCUGCCAGGGGGGAAGAGACUAAGGAGAACAGGAAGUGGCAUUUCCUACCCAAAAUUAUCAAGAUUCCAAAGAUCAGGAUUAAGCUAUUCAAGACAAAAGGGGAACCGAAGAGCCACCCUGAACAGGAUUCUCUGCCUACCAAACGUCUCAGAGAGACUCGUAUUUCACAGGAUGCUGAGUGUGAGGUUCUAUCCACUUCCCCACCCAAGGAGGCCCUGACAACCACACUGGCCCCUGCUCCCCAGGAGUCCCAGUCCCGUAAACGCCCUCUCAUAGUCAGGGUGUUACGAGCUAUCUCCAGAGCCGUCUCCAAACCAUUCAGAAAAGCUUUUGGGAAGAAGAAUUAG